AAGAAAAGAAGAAGAAGGAGAGGAGACGAAGAAGAAGGAUAAGAGUCACCGCUGGGACGAAAACAGUUCACCUCCAGGCUCCAGGGCAUUAUUAGAAACGCUUCUGCAGACUGUGUGAAGCUUUUGAUUUGAUAAUUAAAAACACGUAACGUCUGAACAGCUAAAACACAAGGGCCUCGUCUCAGCGCGUGUUCUCCUUCUACUGGUGUGAGCUAGCUUAGCAUAUUAGCUUAUCUGGACACCCUCUCAGCCGUGUCCGUGUUUGCGGGACUUCACAAGAGAACGCCACCGGAGCUGCACCACAACCAAUCUGGACUUUGUUUUACAACUGCAGCGGCACGUGUUGGGUCCAAACGCGGCGUAUGCACGUAAAGUAUUAAGAAAAUGAACAAGGAAACAUCCUGCAAAACAAGGAAGUCUGAAUGAACUUUGCUGCAGCUUCAUUGCUUCGUGUGCUGCUCGCUCCUGCAGCUCCUCUUCUCCCGUCCUGCAUUGUUGUUAUUGAUUAUCUGUGACAGCAUCUGUGCGUGCAGUCGAUACAUCAAUUAAUAGUCAAACGAAGUUAGCCUGCAAGCUUGCUAUAUCCAACGUGGAAAAAGUAUAACACAAGCGUUUCAGAGAUGAUUCCCGAAAAAGUGCCGAAGGAAGACGUGUUCCACGGGUCUGAGGAGCUGAAGAAGGAUGCUCACAUCCCCAGCUUUGAGAAAUAUAAGGAGCUCUACUUAAAGUCCAUAGAGAAUCCCGACGAGUUUUGGGGCGACAUUGCCAAAGAUUUCUUCUGGAAGACCAAACACUCGGGUCCGUUCUUCGAAUACAACUUCGAUGUGACUAAAGGAGAAAUAUUCAUCAAGUUCAUGGAAGGAGCUUCAACCAACAUCUGCUACAAUGUGCUCGACCGCAACGUCCACGAGAAGAAGCUCGGAGAUAAAGUGGCCUUCUACUGGGAAGGCAACGAGCCGGGGGAUGAGCUGACGGUGACGUACAGAGAGCUGCUGCAGAGGGUCUGCCAGUUCGCCAACGUCCUGAAGUCUCAGGGAGUGAAGAAGGGCGACCGUGUCUCCAUCUACAUGCCCAUGGUGGUGGAGCUGGUGGUGGCCAUGUUGGCCUGCGUCCGCAUCGGAGCUGUUCACUCCAUAGUGUUUGCAGGAUUCUCAGCAGAGUCUCUGUGUGAGAGGAUCCUGGACUCAGAGUGUUUGCUGCUCAUCACAGCAGAUGGUUUCUACCGAGGAGAUAAGCUGAUCAACCUGAAGCUCUUAGCUGACGAAGCACUGCAGAAGUGCAGAGACAAGGGUUUCCCUAUACAGAGGUGUAUAGUGUUGAAGCACUUGUCUAAAGAAGCAGAAGAGACUCCCGUGGGCUCUCAGUCUCCCCCCGCCAAACGCUCCUGUCCUGAUCUACAGCAGGAGAAACAGACAGGGAGGGUAAAGAAAUCUCGUCCUGUUCCGCAGGUCCCGUGGAACCCCAAGGUGGACUUGUGUUGGCACACUCUGGUACAUGGAGCUUCAGACGAGUGUGAACCAGAGUGGUGCAACUCUGAAGAUCCUCUCUUCAUCCUCUACACCAGCGGCUCAACCGGCAAACCAAAGGGAGUCCUCCACACCAUCAGCGGCUACAUGCUCUACACCGCCACCACCUUCAAACUGGUGUUCGACCACCAGCCCGACGACGUGUACUGGUGCACGGCAGACAUCGGCUGGAUCACCGGACACUCCUACAUCACCUACGGCCCGCUGGCCAAUGGAGCCACCAGCGUCCUGUUCGAGGGCCUGCCUACCCACCCAGAUGUGAGCCGUAUGUGGGAGAUUGUGGACAAAUAUCAGGUUUCCAAGUUCUACACAGCUCCCACCGCCAUCAGGCUGCUGAUGAAGUAUGGCAAAGAGCCGGUGCACAAGUAUAAGCGGGAAUCUCUGAAAGUUUUGGGGACAGUGGGAGAGCCGAUCAACCCCGAGGCCUGGCAGUGGUACUACAACGUGGUGGGAGAUAAGAGGUGUCCUAUCGUAGACACUUUCUGGCAGACAGAAACCGGCGGACAUGUGUUGACUCCACUACCUUCAGCCACUCCCAUGAAACCUGGAUCUGCUACAUUCCCGUUCUUCGGAGUGGUUCCGGCCAUCUUGAAUGAGUCUGGAGAGGAACUGGAGGGCCCGAGCGAAGGGUACCUGGUGUUCAAACAGCCGUGGCCCGGUGUGAUGAGGACGGUGUACGGGAACAAGCAGAGGUUUGAAACCGUCUACUUCAAGAAGUUUCCGGGAUACUACGUCACAGGAGACGGUUGCCGUAGAGACAAGGAUGGGUACUAUUGGAUAACGGGGAGGAUAGAUGACAUGCUGAAUGUCUCCGGUCACUUACUGAGUACAGCGGAGGUGGAGUCGGCUCUGGUGGAGCACGAGGCCGUCGCCGAGGCUGCUGUGGUGGGCAGACCUCAUCCUGUGAAAGGAGAAAGCCUUUACUGCUUCGUAACUCUGAACGAUGGACUGACGUACAACCGCACGCUGGAGGCAGACCUCAAAAGACAAGUGCGGGAGAAGAUCGGUGCCAUCGCUACACCAGAUUUCAUCCAGAAUGCUCCAGGCCUCCCAAAGACCCGAUCAGGCAAGAUCAUGCGACGGGUGCUUCGCAAAAUCGCUUGUGACGAACGAGACCUGGGCGACAUCUCCACGCUGGCCGACUCCUCGGUGGUGGAGCAGCUCUUCCAGAACAGAUGCUGCCCUAACGUGUGACGACCUCCAGGAUCCUCACAGUGAGGCUCAGAUAGCAGCCGCAUGCUAGCGGCCUCAAACCCAACCAGGGGAGAAGAAGAAGAAGAGGAGGAAAAGGAGAACCUACAUGAACUUGGUCUUGUCCAACAAACAACCUUUAGCUCCUGAUAAGUAUGAGCGGUGUGCAGCAGAGCCUGUAUUUAUCCCCACUAUCCUUUUAUUGUUAAUCAGCAGCCUGUAAAGACCCAACAUCUGUUACAGGUGGAGGUUUCAGUUUUCUGUAGAAGAAGUAAUCAUUUUAAAAGCAGCAAACGAAGUGUAAAAAUGACACCAGUCUGUAUGUUUAAAUGUUUUCUAGAAGUUGAGUGAUUUGCUGCUUUUUAAAGAAAACUAACAAGGCAGUGGUGAUGGCGAGAAGCCAGAGGUUGUUUGGUAAAAGACCGUCCUUCAGUCCAACGUGUGGAAGAGGUAGAGCAGGGAAUCACUUGCUUAGGUUUUAUCCCAGUGUAUACGCCGAUAUAACAUAACAAUAUGUGCUACUUAAAGGUAUUGGUCUUUUUAACGUUGGGGUUGUAUAAAAUACUUACCAAAAAUCAGUUGUAUUACCUACUGUAGAUAGCGGAUGUUAAGCCCCCAGUUUGAUGAAAGAAAUAGCAAGUAAAGCCAUGUCCUGCUGUGGAAGGAAUGGCAGCCAAACAUAUAAAUAUAAUAUAAACAUUGAGCCAACUUAAAAAAAGAAGAAGCAAUAUUUAGAAUAUUUGUACAACUCAGACAGGAAACUGAAGUCAUUUUGCUAAAACAUUACUGGAGUUAGUUUGUUUGUGGUUUUAGUGACUAAGGUGUUUCUAAUGGUUGGUUCAGAGUCACCAAAGUCUCACAAUAACUCAAACAACGGAUCAAGGCAGCAUUAGAUCAUCAACCUUCUUGUUCUGUGAGGUGAAAUGACUGUUUUUGGCAAUGGAGUUGAAAGAAAGCCCAGACAAUGGCUCAAAAUCCCGGGCACAGCACUCUGACAGACGUGUUGCUUUACCCUUAAAUUGGUGUUGAGCAGCCCAUAGUUUAAGUUAUACACUCAAUAUUGAUAAGUACCUCAAACAACCCUACUUUAAAACUAUGUCUUUAACGUGUUUUCACACUGAAAUAAGGCUCAUGUGAAGUGCUACCUGCCCUGUAGUUAGUACAACAAGUGAUCUCCUCCCCUCGCUCGCUGCCAUAGUACUGUUAAGUCAAUUGAAUGAUUACGCUCAAUAUUUCAACUACCGGUAGUUUUAAUUUCUAUUGUAAUUUUCUGAAAACAUGUUUUUUUGUAUCAUAUUUCUUUGGUUUUGGACAUAGGAUAUGUUGGGUUUGUCUGUUUGUGUGUCUGCACGCUGUAUUUUCUUUUACUUCUUCUAUUUGUUGAAGUUGAAGAGAAGUGCUUGGGCUAUUUCUUUUCAGUCUGGUGGAAAUUGGGAAAGUGUUCAGGGUCACGUAGCUCAGGACACCCAAUGCUCAGCUCCUCUCAAAAAAUCUGCAGGUCUAAUGUUCAAAAGGGAAAAAAGUGUCUUGAAUUUCCCAAUAACUCAUAGAUUUUUUUUUCUAAUUAAGUGUUACGUUAACAAAUUGUCAUGUGUCUAAACUCCGUGUUUUAUUAAAUAAGGCUUCAAACGAGGUACCAAAGUCAAUCCCAAACGGCUGGAAAUGAUGUAAGAGUAUGAUUUUUAAUUUGGUAAUAUAAUCAACAACCAUUUUAGAAUCGACAGAUUAUGUGAUCGUUCACAAUCUGUGGAUCAAGCCUGCAUCAUGAUAUGGUACCCUUAAAAGGAAAUAUGACACGGUAAAUCAUAGCUAAUACUCAGUUAAGAAUAAAACAUCAGUGGUGUCUUUAUUCAUGGAUGUGUUUAUUCAUUUCACUGUUGACGACUGAACAGAGUGUUUAAGCUCUGUAUCCCAAAAAAAGACUCCUGCUGUUCUCUUUUUUUACUUUCAGUCAACAUAUUCCAUAAAAGGACUAAAACAAACAACAUGUUAGUUUUCUUUCAUUGCUUUGAUAGUGGCUCUCAAACUGUUUUGGAUCUUUUUAUGGGUUUUUUAACAAUAGAAAUCAGCUGACCUCCUCCAUCCUUCAAUAUUUAUUUAGAUCGAUAGGAGGAGACAAAAGUCAACAUCUUUAACUUUAUUGAUCUUUUUGAGGGACUGAAGACGAACCAUCCACACCAUAAAACUGAUCCAAAAUCUAAUAAUAAUCUAGAUACUGAGCUCAUUGGAAAAUGGAAUUUGAAGAGCUUGUUUUCAUUUGUAGGAGAUGAACCAAAAGCAGGACCCGAUACAGAUUUCACCAGCUCUUCAUUACCUGUUUGAAUUUGUCACUGUUUGUGUAUCAAUGUGCCAACCUAAGUAACAGUUGAGCUGGGUGUGUAGAGCUAAUAAUUGUAUUUAAAAUUCAAGAAAAAGUGCAGCUGCUUAUUUGAUUUAGAAGCUUUUGUUAUUUUUAUUUGUAUUAUAACUUCAGGUGAAGGGACGAGAAUUUUGCUGUUUGUAUUUUUUAGUUUUUCUCUCUGUUCAUCCUCAUUUAUGAGUUGAUCCAUCUCUCUGUAUCAAAGUGUAUGCAAUUACAGUAAAUGGACAUGACUACUGCUUCUAA